UGACGGAUCCUGAACCUUUGCCGGCGGAUCAUCCGUUGUGGGAUGUGCCGGGUGUGCAGAUUAGUCCGCAUGUUGAAGGAGGGAGAGGAGUUUGUAAAUGAGUACAAGCGGGGGAAGGGAUAUUGAGCCCGUCCCUGUGCAUAUAUGCACCUUUUCAACUCAUUGUCGGAAGAUGCUGAUCAUGUGUACUCACUUGUCAAGACAAACCCUGGAUCUUGCCAUUCACUAUAGCUUUUCUUUAUUUCCUCUCCUCAUAAGUAUGUUCGCAUAUGCAGCCAACUCAAAAUCCUACAUGAUACUCACGCUCAUUGGUGAUCGAAUUCGACAAGCUCUUCCUUCGAAACCUCAAAACGACCAAAAAUCAUUUAGGGGGUGUUAUAACCGUGGAAAUGAGGGAUUUCGACGAUUUGACUCGUUUGAGAAGACUAGGGACUUUGAAUCUUGUGUUCUUUCAGUCCCAAGGCAUUGUUGUUGAUGCAUCCUGAGCAAUUCCCAGAGUUCAGAUCAAGAUAAAACUCUCAGAGCUAAUACAGACUUCCUACAUUAGCCAGAAACGAAUUUUAUCUCCACAAGCAAGCUCUGCUAGUCCACUAAACUAGAGCAUGCUAUGACAAUGGCUUG